GGUGCCGCUACGUCGAACCAGACAAUAAUAGCUUAAACGUUUAGAAACUCCCCACACAAAAUAUAUAAUAAAUGUGUUCAACAUUGUAAUAAUACUGUGAUUUAAUUUUCAUGUGACUUUUUAAAUAAUUAUUUCAAUUCAAUAAUAUUGUUAUAUGUUAUUUUUUUCGGCGUGCUAGCGAGUGCAUGUGAUACAAAUAUACCGGUUCUCUAUAGUGCAAAUGACGUAACAUCACAAUGAAGGAUCUCGGUCUAAAAAUCCCUACACGCAACGUCUUAACGGGCGCCGUCGUGAACUGGGAGGAUGACGAGAUGGCUGGGCUCGGUGACACGCCUGAGAACCUCACGCUCUCAUGGAAAGACCUAUCAGUGUACAGAAAGAAAAAAAUCCAAACAAGUAUAUGGAGAUCAGCGAUAUAUGAAGAAGUGAAAGUACUACAUGGAGUAAGCGGAAUCGUCUCGUCCGGCAAUUUGGUGGCUUUAAUGGGUUCAAGUGGGGCCGGCAAGACCACUUUACUCGCGGCCAUCAGCCGUCGAGAUAAGAGCGCGAUGUCGGGUUACCUGAUGUUGAAUGGGCGCCUCGCUGGGGCUGACCUCAUCGCCCGCAUCUCUGGCUUCGUACCGCAAGAGGAUUUGUCUAUCGACGAUUUGUCCGUUGCUGAACACAUGGAGUUCAUGGCUCGUCUCAUGAUGGACAAACGUUCGACAGCAUCUGUGCGCUCGAGGCGUAUCCAACAAUUGCUUGGUGAUUUGGGAGUUAUGGCAUGCACAAGUACAAAAUUAAAAGCGCUAUCCGGAGGCGAAAGGAAACGUGUUGCAUUGGCAGUUCAGCUUCUGAACGACCCGCCCAUAUUGUUCUGUGACGAGCCUACAACUGGGUUGGACAGCUCGGCAGCAAGCGCUGUUGUCUCACGUCUCAGAAGACUAGCGAUUGGAGGGAAACUGGUCAUAUGUUCCGUACAUCAGCCCGCUUCAGGAGUGUUUGAAUUAUUUCAUCAGGUUGUGCUAUUGGCAAAUGGACGAAUAGCCUUCCAUGGAAGUAUUGAACAAGCGGAUCAGUUCUUUGCCUCCAUGAAUUACAAGUGUCCAAUGGGUUUUAAUGCAGCUGAAUAUUACGUUACCUUACUCGGGAUUGAGAUUGAUAAGGAAAUGGAGAGUCGCGAGAGAAUCCGACGCAUAUGCAACGAAUAUCAAAGAUCGGAUAUAGCAACCGACAUUGAAAGCCGUGUUGGAGAUGUCAAGGACGAGAUAGAAUAUUUUAACGGAACGGUAGACGCAAAGAAUGUAUACUUCGAACGAUAUCUUACUCUAGUCAAAGUGAACUACUUUGUCCAAUUUUAUUGGUUAAUGUGGAGAAAUAUAUUGUCAAUAAAACAUAAUAAAUCCAUAUGGAUAGCGGAAUUUCUCCUUCUCAUGUUUGUCGGUCUCAUCAUUUCCGUGCCCUACGUAGGCCAUUUCGAAGAAUUAGAUCAGCGUGACAUACAAAAUGCUGAAGGUCUUUUAUACCUGAUGGUCACGGAGACAAUUUUUCUUUUUAUCUAUGCGGUUUUCAUUACUUUUCCAAGCGAAGUACCCAUUCUUUUGCGAGAAACAGCAAGCGGAUUGUACGCGCCAUUACCAUAUUAUCUUUCGAAGAUGAUAUUUUGGAUUCCAAGAGCCGUAAUCGAACCUAUUUUAUUCGUGUCGCUUGUAUUCACGGUGGCUGGACUUCAAGGGGGCUUCAUGAACUGGCUCGGAAUCUGCUUCGUGUGCGUCCUCUGCGCCAACUACGCGAAUGCAUACGGUUCAUUUUUGUCGUCUGUUUUCGACAAAAUGGAAACUGCAGCACUUGUGUCAGUACCAUUUGAUCUUAUCGGAACAAUGUUCUCUGGUAUUUACUUAAAUCUGGGGAGUGCUUCUCCAUACAUUUCAUGGCUGAAGUAUGUAUCUGGUUUCUACUAUGGGGUAGAGUCUAUAUCAAUAAUUCAAUGGGACUCUAUUGAGUCUAUCAACUGCGUUAAUAUCAAGGGCAUGCCGUGUAUCAAAACUGGUCCGGAUGUGUUAAGGAGAUUCGGUUUCGGGGAAGAGAAUUUCUGGAGGAACUGCAUAUGUUUAUUGGUUAUGUACUGCGUGGCGCAUCUGAUUGCGUUCAUAAUGGUUAUAAAGAGGAGUAGAGGCACUCCGGUUUAUUAGGAUAUUUCAAACUCUGUAGGCUUAUAUGCAUUGUGUUCACUGUUACGUUAAUCUUAAAUUUUUUAAAUGGCGAAUGUUUGUAUUAUUUUUUC